AUGCUAGGACCAGCUGAAGACAUGGAAACCAACACGGCCAAGAAGAACAAGGACCAGCCUAAAGAAAAGCCUCGAGUCACAUUUAAACUAAAUGUUGAGCUGUUGCCUGAAGUAUUGGGCUGGGAGUCUGAGCAGAGCUAUUCUUGUGACACCAGUCAGGUGUGUGGUGACACCUUCUUAAUUGGUGAUCCUGGGAAGGUGGCCAAAGGUGACGACCCGGACACGUGGGACGAUACAACCAUCGACAACGACGUGGCGGUCAUAGACGAUCAUGGCGAUGAUACGAGCGUUAUUGACGAUAACGAUGAGGACACACGCGGGGACCUCGUUUCUAUUGAUGAAUUUGUGGAGGAGCUUGCGACAGCGAUCCCCAACUCUACCGACAAGGCAAAGCACGACCGAUCAGAAACUGCCAAGACAAAAUCCUACAGAUACCGGCCCAGCACUAAAACCCACCCCGUCCUAGGGUCUCUGAUGUCUCAGGACAAGACAGCCAUAAGACACACAUUGGAGCCGUCUGAUAUAAACAAACUGGAUGGCACCGGAAGAAUUAAACAGCAAAGUCUGAAGAAAACGAAAGUAAACUCUCGGCUUCAAGCAAAGAGAAAAGAUGGCGAUGAGGGAAGUCCUGUUGACCCAGUUGAAGUCAUCUUCUCCAGUGAGAGCGAAUCGAAUGUUGACCCGGAAGUCGUGUACUCGAGCGAUAGUGACAUGAACCCCACCCCGGUGAGUAGCGUCACGGAGCUGGAGAGUCAGACCAAGUCCUGGGCAGGGGACGACCCCCCGGUCUACGUAACCGACAGCACGGUCCCCAGGGGCAGUCAGCGGGAGGACAGUACGUUGGUCUCUUUAACGGAAAUGUUCCAGGACCAGGACCUGGUGCAGGACAAGACAAGCCGCGGGGAGAGGGAGGACGAGCUGAGGUCAAAGGUCAAGGAGGAGCAGGACUUGAGGAGUCUAGGGCGGGCUGGCACCUGGGGGAAAGGGAACAUAGCAGCCAGCAACCACGGGAACACAGCCAGCAACCACGGGAACACAGCCAACAACCACGGGAACACAGCCAGCAACCACGGGAACACAGCCAACAACCACGGGAACACAGCCAACAACCACGGGAACACAGCCAGCAACCACGGGAACACAGCCAACAACCACGGGAACACAGCAGCCAAAGAUCUAGGGAACAUAGUGACCAACAUUCACGGGAACACAGCCAACAACCACGGGAACACAGCCAACAACCACGGGAACACAGCCAACAACCACGGGAACACAGCCAGCAACCACGGGAACAUAGCAGCCAAAGAUCUAAGGAACAUACCAAAGGUCUAG